AAGACCACAAUUGACAAUCAUUAUAGCCCAACUACAAAAACCCGUACAUCUUUCUAUAAAUGGUGAUCUUUGGUGGCUCACUUGCUUACACCACUUCUCUCUUUCAAUCCCUUUAUCUGUUGGAUAGAGCUUCUUGCCUUGUGUUCUACGUUCUGCAUUCUUCUCAGCCCGUAAUCUAGCUCCUGUUUGCAGAAACAAGGACCUGUCAUCAAGAUGGUGAAGUUCACAACUCACAGGCUUCGGCACAUAAUGGACUGCAAACACAAUAUUCGUAACAUGUCUGUUAUUGCACACGUCAAUCAUGGAAAGUCUACCCUCACUGAUUCUCUUGUGGCUGCUUCUGGUAAUAUCAUAGCACAAGAGGGUGAAGCUGAGCGUGGCAACACUGUCAAAUCCUCUGGUAUCUCUCUCUACUAUGCGAUGCCAGAGGGUGAUUUGAAGAAUUUCAAAGGGGAACGUGAAGGGAAGGAGUUCCUUAUAAAUCUCAUUGACUCACCAGGGCAUGUGGACUUCUCAUCUGAGGUCACAACCGCACUUCGCAUCACCGAUGGAGCACUUGUGGUGGUGGAUUGUGUUGAGGGUGUCUGUGUCCAGACCGAAACUGUGCUGAGACAAGCCCUUGGAGAAAGGGUUAAGCCUGUUUUGGCUCUUAACAAGAUGGAUAAGUGCUUUCUUGAGCUCAAUCUUGAUCCAGAGGAGGCAUACCUAACACUCCAAAGGGUUGUUGAGAGUGUGAAUGUAAUCAUGGGUAACUAUGAAGAUGCUCUACUUGGAGAUGUUAAGGUGUACCCUGAGAAGGGAACGGUUGCCUUUUCCGCUGGCUUGCAUGGAUGGGGCUUUACACUCACCAACUUUGCCAAGAUGUAUGCUUCCAUGUUUGGAGUUGAUGAGGCCAAGAUGAUGAGUAGGCUUUGGGGUGAGAAUUUCUUUGACUCUGCUACCAAAAAGUGGACCAACAGGCACACUGGGGCUUCUACUUGCAAGCGUGGCUUUGUUCGGUUUUGUUAUGAACCAAUCAAGCAGGUUAUUGAACUCUGCAUGAAUGACCAGAAGGAUAAGUUGUGCCCCUUGUUGCAAAAGCUUGGGUUGAACUUGAAGUUCGAGAAGGAGUUGACAGGGAAGGCUUUGAUGAAGUGUGUUAUGCAAAGUUGGCUCCCAGCAAGUAGUGCCAUUCUGGAGAUGAUGAUAUUUCACCUUCCAUCUCCGGCUAGUGCUCAGAAAUAUAGAGUUGAGAAUUUGUAUGAGGGUCCCCUUGAUGACCCUUACGCUUCUGCUAUCAGAAAUUGUGACCCUGAAGGGCCCCUAAUGCUUUAUGUGUCAAAGAUGAUUCCUACAUCUGAUAAGGGAAGGUUUUAUGCUUUUGGCCGAGUCUUCUCUGGGAAGGUGUCAACUAAUAUGAAGGCUAGAAUUAUGGGGCCAAAUUUUGUUCCUGGGGAGAAGAAAGACCUGUAUGUGAAGAGUGUUCAGGGGACUUCAAUUUGGAUGGGGAAGAAAUAUGAAACAGUUGAGGAUGUUCCUUGUGGAAACACAGUUGCCUUGGCUGGUUUGGACCAUUUCAUCACCAAGAAUGCUACUAUAACAAAUGAGACAGAAAUUGAAGCACACCCCAUUAGAGCUAUGAAGUUUUCUGUGUCACCAUUGGUAAGUGUAGCUGUUAACUGCAAUGCUGCAUCAGAUCUUCCUAAGCUUGUUGAGGGCCUAAAACGUUUGGCAAAGUCAGACCCCAUCAUGAUGUGCACAAUUUCAGAAACUGGAGAACACAUCAUAGGUGCUACUGGUGAGCUGCAUCUUGAAACAUGCGUAAAAGACUUGAAGGACGAUUUUAUGAAUGGGAUUGAGAUUUCAAUAUCUGACCCUAUUGUCUCCUUCAAGGAGACAGUGCUGGAGAAGUCUUGCCACACUGUGAUGAGCAAAUCACCUAACAAACACAACCGUUUGUACAUGGAAGCAAGGCCAAUGGAGGAAGGGCUUGUGGAGGCCAUUGAGAGAGGCAAGAUUGGUCCAAAGAAUAACAACAAAAUGGUGUGUGAAGAGUUUGGUUGGGACAAGGAUCUAGCCAAGAGAAUAUGGUGUUUUGGCCCUGAUACCAUUGGACCCAACAUGAUGGUGGAUGCAUGUAAGGGAGUUCAGUACCUCAAUGAAAUGAAGGAGGCUGUUCUUGCUGGCUUUCAGAUAGCAUCAAGAGAAGGUCCACUUGCAGAAGAGAACUUGAGAGGGGUAUGCUUUGAUCUUUGUGAUGUUGUACUUCAUGCUGAUACAAUCCAUAGGGGAGGUGGCCAAAUCAUUCCAACUGCUAGAAGGGCUUUCUAUGCUGCCAUACUUUCAGCUAAGCCAAGACUACUUGAGCCUGUGUAUGUGAUGGAAAUACAAGCACAUGAAAAGGCUCUUGGUGGCAUCAAUAGUGUUGUUAACAAGAAAAGAGGGCAUGUGUUUGAGGAAAUUCAGAGGCCUGGCACCCCAUUUUACAAUGUCAAGGCAUAUAUACCAGUGAUUGAGUCAUUCAAAUUCAGUGAAACACUGAGGACUCAAAUUGGAGAGCAGGCUUUCCCACAGAUGGUGUUUGAUCACUGGGAUAUGGUGCAGUCUGAUCCACUGGAACCUGGAACACCAGCUUCUGCAUGUGUUGCUGACAUUCGGAAGAAGAAAGGGUUGAAUGAACAAGUUAUGCCUUUGUGUGUGUUCGAGGACAUGCUUUGAAGUAUCAAUAAUGUAGAAUAUUAUUUAGGACCAAUGUAAAGUCGUGUGUGUGCAUGUAAUUUUAGUUUUAUGUUUCAAUAAAGUAUCAUGUCCAUUAGCACUAAU